AUGCGAUAUAAAUAUAUGCGAAACGCCAGUAUUAACGUGUAUUUAGAAUUUGACCCCAAGUCCUUGAAGGUGGCCCAGUUGAGAGGCAUUCUCAGCGAGUACGAUAUUUCAUAUCCUUCUAACGCCAAGAAAACCGAUCUAAUCAAGCUAUUUAACGAUGAAAUUAAGCCCAAUGCGUCGGAGCUCUUGCAGCAAUAUGAGAAAUCGAUAAAGAAUCUGAACGAUGUUGGGUUUAUCAACGCCACCACUGGCAAGCCGGUACGCCGGUCGAAGAGAUCUACAUCUGCUGAGGUAGAGGAAAGCGACGCAGCAAAAGAGAAGAAGUCCAAGGCUACUAAGUCGUCUGCUCAGGCGUCUGAUGUUUCAGGAAUAGAAUCUGACACCGAAUUAGCAACCAAGGAAUCUAAGAAGACGAAGCGAAAGCCUAAAGAUUCGAAAAAGACGAAGAAAUCCUUCAGCGAUGAGACAGUCGACAAGACUACGGCCAGUACUGACCUGUCAGAAAUCGAUAUCGAAACCAAGCAGGAGCUGGUGAUUAUAGAUGUCGGAAAAUCAGAUGCCAAAGGUACUAGUAAAACUGACAUUAAGUCGGAGAGUACAUUUAGCAAUGAGAACGUAUUCCAGUCGCCGCCUAGUUCUGCAGGUGCAAAGAAGAUCAAAUCUCCAUCGAAUUUUAAAUCUCCCUCAUUGUCGAAAAAAAGACAUAGAGAAAAUGAUGAAAAUCAAAAAGAUACUCCCGAUAAGAAGCCUAGAGUUCCAUCAUCGAAUUCUCUCAAGUCACCUUCCGCCGCAGCAUCGAAAGUUUCAUCUCAUAAAAAAGGACAUCUCUUCGAUGACAAUGAAUCGAGUGAUUCAGAGACAGACAUUUUUUCAAAAAGCAUAAUUAAUCAAGUGAAGAGCCCUAAGCUUUCAAAGAUUAAAAAACCGUCAUCAAAGAAAUCAACGCCCAUUAAAAUUGAUAAAGAAACGCCACUUAAGAAGAAUACUCCAGGCGAUAACAAUAUUACUCCAAGUAACAAAAAGAGUACUGCUAGUGACAAAAAGAUUUUACAUCAAGAUAUCACACCAUCCCAGUCCAGCGAGAACCAUCAACAUUUAUCAUUGGCUAAAAGCUCGUCUAAGAAAAGCAAUUCCGUAAAGAGUUCAGCUAAAAAGAAUAAGUCGCCUAAAUCUGAUAACUCAUUCUUAUCAUUGACAGAAGAGCAGGAUGAUUUCGAUAAAGAGCAAAGUAAAAUAAAAUCAAAAGGAAAAUCAGCUGAUAAGCGCUCAUCUAAAGGAGUAGACGUUUUGACAUCUGCAGAUUUAGCAUCACAGUUAGGUAUCACUGUCCAAGGCUUGCCUCCGAAGGACUUCCAAUUGAGUGAUAAUAGUUUCGCCGGUAUUAAGAGUGAUACCCCUACCAAGAAACUAUCACCACGUCCAAGAAGAUAUAAAAGCCAAAAUAUUUCACAACCAGACUUGGAUAAAUUGAGUGACGAAGAAGAAGAAGAAGAAGAAAAGGAUAAAAAGUUGGACAAGAUUCAGAAAGGCAUCGAAGAAGAGAUUGAAAAAUUGAAUGAUGUUGUUGAAAAAGAAAAUAGUAUAUCUAUUAAAAAACCUUCUCCAAUAAGCGUAUUUUCGUUUAUCGGGUUAUGGUUGAUUAUAUUAUCAAUUGGUUUAUCUGGUUACUGGUAUAGAGAACAAACAUACUUAAUUGGCUACUGUGGCCAAGAGAUAAACCAGCCUACUAUUCCUCAAUCAAGCGACUUGCCAAAUUGGUUAGUCCAGUUUGGGACUUAUUUGGAUAACAAUUUCAAGCCAAAUUGUGUAAAAUGCCCAGCACAUGCAAGGUGCUAUCCUUAUUUAGAAAUUGGUUGUUAUGAAGAUUUUGUUGAAUAUAAACCUUGGUACUUUGAUUUUUUGCCUAUCAUUAAUCCUAGUUUGAAAAAGUGUGUCCCUGAUACCAAGAAAGCUGAAAAAUUGGAAAUUAUGAUUGAUGUAGCGUUAGAUUUAUUAAGGUCGAAGAAUGCUAAUAAGAAUUGUGGAAAGACACCCGUUGACAAUUUUGAGGCAGGGUUGUCCGUUGACGAAUUACACGAUUUGUUAUUAUUGAUGAAGGCACCAUAUAUUACAAAAGAAGAAUUUGAAGAAUUAUGGCAAAGAUCAGUAAUUGAAUUGGAGAAGGAACCCGAAAUAAUUGUAAGGCAAGUUAUUUUUUUCUAG